AAUGUCUCCUCUUUCGACCAAUGACAGCAUCCCUUCCUUCCAUUCGUCGGUGCGCCGCUCCAUGGAAACGUGUCCACAAUUCGGUGAAUAGCGUCCGCAAAAAAAUGUUGCGUAAAACUGUUAUUAUUACGUAAUUCCCAAAAAACCACAAGUUACCCCCAAAUAAUUCUUCUCUAAUGAAAUUAUCGCACCCAGAACACUGACAAUCACGCAAUAACAGAGAUAAAUCGACCAUUUGGAACGAAAAAAAAUAAAAAAUAACCGGGAUUUCAUGUAAGGUUAUGCCGAGGUAGAUGGGACACCGUAAAAGUCCACGAUUGUCUCCCCUCUUGGAAAAACGACACGUCAGGAAGCCCUAGAAAGCCCCUCCCCAACGAAAGAGUAAACGAGAAUGCCAAAGAAAGAAGUCGACAAAAAAUUGGAAAAUUCCGGACAAAUAGUGAGAUAAUUCGGUGAAAAUUCAAUCAAACAUUUUGCCGGGCAACAGUGAAGCCCCCCGACUUCCGGCGGAAUUGGGCGGAACACAACCAACCCUCGAAAUCACCUAUUCGAUAUUUUGCUAGUGUGUGGUAGUUGGAAAUGAUCACGUGAUCGAAGUGAUCGACUUCAUCGCGUUCAGUGGCCACGAGGUUUUCUGUGGGUUGAAACAUUUAAUAAAAAAAACGAAUUGAGUGUUUCUACAGUGAUUCAAUAGUCGCGGGUGUUUUUACGAAACAGUGUAUUCACCCUCAAUCGUUGAAUUAUUGUACAUUAGUGUGAAAAAUGCCAUCGAGCAAUCCAUUGCCACCAAAAGAGAAUGCAUUGUUUAAGCGAAUUUUGAGAUGCUACGAGCACAAACAGUACAAAAAUGGGUUGAAAUUUGCGAAGCAGAUUCUGUCGAAUCCAAAAUUCGCGGAGCAUGGAGAGACCCUGGCGAUGAAGGGACUCACCCUCAAUUGCCUAGGUAGGAAAGAAGAGGCUUACGAUCAUGUACGCAGGGGUUUGAGAAAUGAUCUACAAUCACACGUUUGUUGGCACGUCUAUGGAUUGCUCCAGAGAUCGGAUAAAAAGUACGACGAGGCCAUCAAGUGCUACCGUAAUGCACUCAAGUGGGAUAAGGAUAAUUUACAGAUCCUACGGGAUCUGUCGUUGCUGCAAAUACAAAUGAGAGAUCUUGAUGGAUACAAGGACACAAGAUACCAAUUAUUCAUGCUCAGACCCACCCAGAGAGCCUCGUGGAUCGGCUUCGCGAUAUCCUACCACCUCCUGAAGGAUUACGAGACAGCUCUGAAGAUCCUAGACACCUUUCGUGACUCCCCGAUGAUCUGUUACGACUACGAGCACAGUGAGCUCCUCCUGUACCAAAAUCUGGUGAUCCAGGAGUCUGGUGACAGCGAAGCAGCUCUCAAGCACUUGGAUAAAUACAACGAUCAAAUAUGUGACAAAAUAACGGUGAAGGAGACCUAUGGUAAACUUCGUCUGGAGCUCUCCCAGUAUCCUGAGGCUGUCCAGGUGUAUAAGGAUCUCCUGACGAUAAAUCCUGAGAACACGACUUAUUAUGCCAAACUGGCGGAGGCUGAGCAGCAUGAAAAGCCCGAGGAUACUCUGGAGAUGCUCCAAAGAUACGAGGAAUUGUUUCCACGUGCCCUUGCACCCAGGAGACUGCAGUUGAAUUAUGCCAGUGGUGAACAGUUCAAGAAAUUAGUUGAUCAAUAUUUACGAAGGGGUUUGCACAAAGGUGUGCCACCCUUGUUCGUUAAUUUACGAUCGCUUUACAAGGAUCAGCAAAAGGUCGACACAAUACAGUCACUGUUGCUAGAGUACAGAGAUGCAUUGAAAAAUCAUGGGCAUUUCAAUGAUGCAGAAAAGGAAAAUCCACGUGAGCCAGCGUCAGCUUUACUCUGGACAUACUAUUAUCUUGCUCAGCAUUAUGAUUAUCUUGGGGAUCCUGAGAAGGCACUCCAUGAGAUUGAUGCUGCUUUAUCCCACACACCCACUCUCAUUGAACUUUUUGUUACCAAAGGACGCAUUUAUAAACAUGCUGGCAAUGUUCAGGAUGCCUACAAAUGGCUGGAUGAGGCACAGGAGCUUGACACUGCCGAUCGAUAUAUUAAUUCCAAGUGUGCCAAGUAUAUGCUACGUGCUAAUUUGAUUAAGGAGGCUGAGGAAACGUGUGGAAAAUUCACGAGGGAAGGGGUCCAGCCUAUGGAGAAUCUUAACGAGAUGCAGUGCAUGUGGAUACAGACUGAGGCUGCCAAUGCUUAUCAGAGAUUGGGCAAAUAUGGGGAUGCACUCAAGAAAUGUCAUGAAGUCGACAGACAUUUUUCGGAAAUUAUCGAAGAUCAAUUUGACUUUCACACAUACUGCAUGAGAAAAAUGACUCUUCGUUCGUACGUUGGACUCCUGAGGUUAGAGGACGUUCUUCGCUCCCAUCCAUUCUACUUCAAGGCUGCAAAAUGUGCAAUAGAAGUGUACCUCCGGCUCCACGACAAUCCCCUGCCCGACCCCACGCAGAUCCAGGAAAUCGACACUGAAAAUUUGGCGCCCUCGGAGUUGAAGAAAAUGAGAAAUAAACAGCGUAAGCAGCGCAGGAAGGCCGAGCUUGAGAGACAGCAGGCGGCUCAGGCGCAAGAAAAGAGGGAACAGCAUAAUAAAUCUCGACAGCAGGCUGAUCCCGACUUUGAGCAGCCGACGUUAGACGAAUUGAUCCCCGAGAAACUCGAGAGGGUUGAGGAUCCGCUGGAGCAGGCCAUCAAGUUUCUGCAGCCCCUGCAGAAUCUCGCGGCUGAUCGAAUAGAGACUCAUUUGAUGGCGUUUGAAAUCUACUAUCGUAAAGGUCGAACUCUGCUGAUGCUCCAGUCAAUAAAACGUGCGCACCGCCUGGACUCUAACAAUCCGGAUCUCCAUUCCUGUCUUGUGCGCUUUCUCCGACAUACAGGUGCCUCACCCUUGGAAGGCCCUGUUGCCCAGGUAGUGAAGCACCAGACACGCGAGAUCUUCUCCAACUCCGACGCUGUGCAAUUCAACACCGACUUCCUCCAGAAAAAUCUAACGUCCCUUCCCCACCUCCUCCAAUGCGCCAGGAUGCUUUAUCUCCUGGAUUCAACAUCUCAGUCGAAAGCUCUCUCACUCGCCACUGGCCUCGAUGAUCUCACUGGGGUCACUCUACCAAUUUCCACCAGGGUGCUGGAAGCCCUAAGAGCCAAUGACUUUGGCCCCUGCGACGACGCGAUAGACGACUACAUGAACAAGUGUCACAAACGUUUUCCCUAUGCCACUGCAUUUAGACCACCACAGACUAAAGCAGUGCACUUCAAUGCAGCACUCAAUCGCCAGGACAAGGAGAACUCAAUCAAGAACUGAUCCUCCAUCAGAAUUGUUCCUUAAUUAUUUAGUAAAAAAAACCCAACAAAUCAACAGAAAUCGAGAAUUACAACCGAAUCUACAGGAGAAAUUAAAUUAAUUAAUUGAUUCUUUUCUCCCAGGAGAUUGUUAAAACGUGCAUGGAACGUUGAAUAUGAAAGAGCCUGUGACCUCCAGUUUUUGGUGGCCAAUGAGGAUUUACAGCUGCGGGAUAAUGGAUUUUAAGUGCGGAUUAUAGUGAUUAUAUUGAGAUAGUGUCGAUAAUGGAAUGGAGUUGGUGAGGAAAACGAUGAGGAACAUUCUUUAUGAAAUUAGACAACGCUGGGGAAUAGGGGGUCGUUUAUGGAAUUUUAAUGUAAUACCAAGGACUUUAGAUAUGUUCAUAAUCGCAUUAUGAAAUUAAUGAUAACGAGGCACUUGAGUUGAGAAUGCAUGAUGAAUGGAUUAAAGUGCAAGUUUGAACGAUUUAAAUAAAAUGAAAACUAUAAAUAAAUGAUAAUGUAAGACUUUUACGUUUCAUAUGCUCUGUCAUCAUUAAAGUGAAGUAUCAACUGAUUUAUUGAUAAAUAGUCCAGUCAUUAAGAGGGUGGGGAAAAAUUCAUCAACGAUUGUCCAGAGUUGGACACUCUACUGUGUAGAGCCACUGUGGGAUAUAUUUUAUCAUCGAUGUCUCCUUCAUCAGUCAUUACGGACUUAAGAUUGUGUAAUUAAUUUUUGUGUCAUUAUCAAGUGGAUGAGAAUAGUUUGUUCAUUAAUUAAAAAUAAUGCAGGUAAAA